GGGCGCUAUGUGGUGCAGGAGGUACUGCCCGCCUGCGAGCUGCCGCACGCCCUCACAGCUUUCCGGACCGCCUUCCGGGCGCGGGGCGCCCUGGCAGUGCUGCAGCACUUCGACCCUCUCUACAGCUUGCUCCACCACUUCCGAACUGUGGGGACUGCUGUCAAGGAGGAUGCCCUGGAGCUGAUGAUGCAGGUGGUGUCCCAUCAUUCCAAUGAACUUUCUGCCAUCUUGGGUGAUUCUGGGCUGGGCCAUGCAGACCGCACUGCUCACCUCAACACUCUCAAGAUGAACUGCUAUUUGCUGACUGGCUUGGUGGACGCCUAUGAAACGGAAACCUGCAAGAAUGGUUUGGUGGUGGUGGAUCCUGCUGGGAAGAACAAGAAGAACCGUACCAAGAUCUCUGGAUCCUUGUGGGAAGAGGAGAGGGAACCACUCUUACGGCUGCUCACACAGCUGCUGCAACUGGAUCUCCGUCAACUUUGGAGUGGUUUGGUGGUGGAAGAAGAGUUUGUCAGCUUAAUGACAGGAAGCUGCUACCGUAUCCUAGAGAAUCCAAGUAUCGGUCUCCAGAAGUACCGGGCCACAAGAGAGGCUGUGACACAUCUGCUUGCUGCAGCUCUGACUCACUAUGAUCACAUGUUCAGUGCCACGCUGAAGAUCACGCAGAUGCUGCAGCACUUUGAACAUGUAGCCCCAGUGUUUGCGCAGGCUGUGAGCCUCUGGGUCUCAGAGUAUGGUCUGAAAAGCCUGGUGGGUGAAUUGCUAAGGGAAAUCGGACAGAAAUGUCCACAGGAUCUGGUUCGUGAUGCUUCUGGAAUCAAGGGUUAUGCCACCUUUAUAACUGAACUGGCUGAACAGAUUCCAGCUCUGGUGCUAUCCAACAUGAGUGUUCUCCUGCAUCACUUGGAUGGGGAGAGUUAUAUGUUGCGAAAUGCCAUUCUGGCGGCUAUGGCAGAAGUGCUGGUGCAGGUGCUGAAUGGUGACCAGCUGGAGGAAGCUGCCCGUGGUACUCGGGACCAGUUCCUGAAUAUGCUGCAGGCCCACAUCUGUGACGUCAAUGGCUUUGUGCGCAGCCGCGUGCUGCAGCUUUUCACUCGAAUCGUUCGGUGCAAGGCCCUGCCUUUGACUCAGUUUCACUCUGUGGUAUCGCUGGCUGUUGGGCGUCUCAAAGACAAAUCUGUGGUAGUAGUUAAAAAUGCGAUCCAGCUCCUGGCUGCGUUUUUGUCCAACAAUCCCUUCUCCUGCAAGUUAAGCUGUACUGACUUGGCCGAGCCGCUGAAGAAGGAGGUGCAAAAGCUGCAAGAAAUGAGGGACCGUGACAGAUCUACAGCAGCUCCAGCAAUCACCACAGAGGAAGAAUGGGAAGCAAUGCUGCCUGAAGUUAGGGCUGCCACACAGCAGCUCUUUCAACCACUGCAGGAAGGGGAAGAGGAGGUGCUGGAAGUUGAGGAAACAGUGGAGAAUGCAUCGGAGCAAAUCACUAGGCUGCUGAGGAAGCUGAAUUACAAGAGUGCAGCCCGCCUUACGCAGAAGGCCCUGUGUCGCUUCCAGGGGAAAGAACCCUUCAGUGGCCCUACAGAGGAAAAUGAGGAGGCAACAAUCCUAGGUGUUCUGAAGAGACUUUACAUGGGUUCAUGCCCAGGUGAAAACAGUGAGGAUCCUCCACGUGGCGACAGUAGUCUUAAGACUCAAGAAGUUGUAGCAGAAGAGCAGCCUCAAACAGAGCUGGUCAAACAGGAGAUGUUGGUGCAGUACCUGCAAGAUGCUUACAACUUCUCGGUGAAAAUCACAGAAGCCCUGAGCCUGAUCAGCAAGAUGAUGUAUGAAAACUGUACCUCAGUGGUGCAGGAAGCCAUUGAGUUCUUUGUGACAGUCUCGCAGUUUGGUGUGCCCCAGGCACUGCUUGGAGUCCGCAGGAUGCUCCCCCUCAUAUGGUCAAAAGAGCCUGGUAUUAAGGAGGCCGUGCUGAACGCCUACAGGCAGCUCUAUCUGAGCCCCAGCGGGGAUUCGGAGAGGGCCAGGGCCCAAAGCCUGGUACAUUCUCUCUCUCUCAUCAUGGUGGAUGCAUCGCUAGGAACGAUACAGUGCUUAGAAGAAAUAAUCUCAGAGUUUGUGCAGAAAGGUGAAAUAAAGCCUGCUGUGAUCCAGCUGCUUUGGGAGCGAUUCACAGAAAAAUCUCAGUGCUCAUCGCUAGAACAACGUGCUGCUGUGAUGCUGCUGGGGAUGAUGGCACGAGGGAAGCCAGAGAUCAUAGGUAGCAACCUGGACAUUUUGGUGACAGUAGGGCUGUCUGAGAAGGUAUGUGAAGACUAUCGCCUGGCUCAAGAAGUAUGCAAUGCGAUCUCCAAACUUGCCAGUAACCCUAAGCCAGCACUGGAAAAGAACAACACGCCUUUUCGACUGCCACAGGACCACAUGCUCUUUGGGUGCCUGAGUGAGACUGUGAGUAAAGGCUUUGCCCAGCCAAGUGGUCACUGGAUCCCCUUCAUGGAGGCAGCGGUAAUGCUCAUCUACCAGCUAGCAGAAGGACCAGAGGAGAUAUGUGCUCACAUCCUGCAGAUGUGCAGUCAGCAGGUGCUGGACAAGCUGCAGGAGGCUGAUGGGCAGAAAGCUGAUGCAGGGGUUUCUCCCAGCAGAGUCUCUGAUGGUGCUACCAGUCUCCCCACAUUCAAACACCUGGUGUCCCUUGUGGGACAGGUGGCACUGCAGCAGGUAGCAUAUUUGGAAGUGUCAGUGAGUGCUGAGCUACGCAGACGCCGCAUCCUCAGAGAGGAGGAGAAAACCAAGAAGCAUUCUGACAGCAGUGCGAAGAAGCAGAGACCCCAGAGCACAGGAAAUGAGACCACUAUGGAGGAAGAGCUGGGCCUCGUGGGAGCCUCAGCUGAUGACACCGAGGCUGAGCUCAUCCGCAGUAUUUGUGAGACAGAACUUCUAGAUGGGAAGCACCUGUUCUCUGCCUUUGUUCCACUGGUGCUCAAGAUCUGCAACAACCCUGGGCUCUACAGUGAUUCGGCACUCUCGGCUGCUGCAGCCCUGACUCUUGGCAAAGUCUGCAUGAUCAGCUCUGAGUUCUGUGACUCCCACUUGCGUCUGCUCUUCACUAUGAUGGAGAAGUCCACUCUGCCCGGUGUGAGAUCCAACCUCAUUAUUGCAGCAGGAGAUCUGGCCAUCCGUUUCCCCAACCUGGUGGAGCCUUGGACAUCACAUCUGUAUGCCAGGUUGCGGGACCCCUGCCCAAGCGUGAGGCAGACGGCUGGACUGGUGAUGACUCACCUCAUCCUCAAAGACAUGGUAAAAGUGAAGGGCCAAGUGAGCGAAAUGGCAACUCUGCUUGUAGACCCAGAGGAGGCAAUCAUGGGAGUGGCUCAGAACUUUUUCAGUGAACUCUCCAACAAGGGUAAUGCCAUCUAUAACCUGCUUCCAGACAUAAUCAGUCGUCUCUCAGAUCCUAACUGUGGCGUAGAGGAGGAAUCCUUCCACAUUAUCAUGAGACAUCUCUUCUCAUAUAUUACAAAAGACAAACAGACAGAGAGCUUGGUGGAGAAACUUUGUCAGCGGUUCCGGACUGCCAGAACUGAACGUCAAUAUCGGGAUCUGUCCUACUGCCUUACUCUGCUUCCCAUCUCGGAACGGGGCCUUCAUAAGCUGCAGGACAACUUUGACUGCUUUGCAGACAAGCUCCAAGAUCCAGCUGUCUACAGUUAUUUCCAAACUGUGCUGGCUCGAUUCCGCAGAGCAGGCGGCAAACCUGAGACUAAAGCGCUGGCUGAAGAGCUGGAGCAGAAGCUGUCUGCCUCCCAUAACCAAGGGCUGGAUUCGGCAGAGACAUGCCAGGAAGGUAGUGAAACUCCAAUGCCAGAGCCAGCCAAGCAGAAACAAAACUUGGCAGGUUCACGCCGCCAGCCCCUGAGCACGGCCAACAGGGAUGAAGAUUUUGUAACACCCCAGCCUCGCACCCUCCGAAACCAUAAGCAUGUCCAAAAGGGCCGCCAUCCAAAAAAGCUAUAAUCACCUUCUCCAGCGAUGAGGAGAACAGCUCUGAGGAUGAGUUGUCGGCAGAAUUAA